AUGUUUGUUCCAAACAUCACUUGUCCUGUGGACACUCUUUUUGAUGGAUACGCUGGUGGGGAUCCGGGAAUCGCAAAACUUGAGGCACAUCAUCUUGAUAGUGGAACAUCACGGUGGAUUCGUUUUUAUUCGGGAUCAACGGCGACAAGUCUUUUCCCCAAACAAUCGUGCAGUUUUUGUCUCAUUUUUAGGACAGCUGGUUUCGCUCGUUGGAUGGAUCGGCUAACAAUCUGGCCAGCUCCAUACUAUCCAUGGAUAUUUGACAAGGAGCAACGAAUGCAACUUGGGAGGACAGGAAAAUCGUAUCAACAAGAGAGCUAUCUCAACUAUGGGGUGGAACUUUUUGGUUUCGAACAUACCCAUCGGAAGAGGAAGUACCACGUGGUACUUGCUGGAAACACGAACCGACCACCAAUAAAAAAGAGAACUUUCUAUUCGUCGAGGUUUCGAAUCGACAAUCAAACAGCGCUCAAUUUGCACCAGAAAUUGACCUACACUCCAAAUAUCUACCUCAAUUAUUUCGGGCUCUCGAUUCGAGUCGAAAAAUGGUCUGAUGUUACGAGGGAAGUGUUGGUGAUUCCUGGUUGGGUUAACGGUGGCCCACCCAAAACUCUCUAUCUUGUCGUGAAGGAGAAUGUCACACCAAUAGUGAUCGUUUCGCCGGCCACCUAUGUUAGCUUUACAACAAUGCCAGAAAAGGGAGAAAAGUUUUCUUUAGAGGCCACUUGUGUACAAGCAAUUUGGUGCCCUGAAAACCCGGUUCCUGAUGUUUAUGGAUAUCAAAUGACGAUCAGCGAAGAUUAUUUGAGUACAUUUGAAACGACAACAACACAAACAACAAUAUUGCCGACUACAACUACCACUGCUACAACGACAACGAUAACAACCGCUGAAACGACAACAACGACGACCACAGCUACUACGACGACUUCACAAACAACUUCUAAAGAAACAACAACAGCAAAAGAUAAACCGAAAAACAUCUUUUCACGCUAUAAAUGGGAAUGGAUCGGUGCUGGGAUUGCGUUGAUUGUUGGAAUUGGAAUCAUUUUGAUCAUUGUCUUGGUUCGAGCCUGCCGACGUCCACCCAUUGUUUCGUCUGCUUUCAAUCUUAAUCUAAACGUGAACACAAAUGAUAUGGAACGGGGAUUUCCCGACACAUUUUCAAAGCAAAACGUGAAUCUCAUGCGUCAUGCU